AUGGACUAUGAAGAAAAUUUUAUCAAGCACCAAAACUCGAGUGAAUAUUUCGACACGGUAAUAGGGCACAUUGAAGAUGUCGUCAUCGGGCAGCAGUUUCAGAGCAUGAUCAAUCAGUUUCUGGAGUGUUACUACUAUGAGUUCGAACCGGGAGAGGAAAACAAGAUAAUCUACACUGAAAUCUACCAGAAAUAUACCAACAUGAUCGAAGCCAACAUCGUUGAGCAUCUGAAUGCCAAGAUGACCUGUUUCGAUAUGGACCUGUUUGCGUUGGAAUUGGAGAACAAGAAGACGCAACUGGAUGGGGAAAUAUUUGAGCUGCUUUACACUCUGACUGACUUUCUUGCCUUUAAAGAAAUGGUGUUGGACUACAAGGCGUACAAGGAAGGUGCCUACGACGAUCUGAGCAAAGGAAUUAGUGUAACCGGUUUGCAGAAGGGAAGUAAUUGUGAGGCUGAUUUUCAAUAGACAUGGAUACUACCGAGCUUCGAAU